UUUUUCUUAAGUAAAAUACGUAACGCGUCACUUCUUAAAAAUGUGUUCGUAACUCUUUCUUUAACAUAUAAAAACAACAAAUUACAAUGGAAAGACUUCAACGUUUAUUUGGAUCUGCUGCUGCCGGAUUAGGACAGGGCAUGCAACCUGGUAUGGAUACACCCACUGUUGAUAACGCAGAAAUGGUCUACAUUUCUUCCCUUGCUCUCUUGAAGAUGUUGAAACAUGGUCGUGCUGGUGUUCCUAUGGAAGUCAUGGGUUUGAUGUUGGGUGAAUUUGUUGAUGAUUAUACCGUCCGAGUUAUUGAUGUUUUUGCUAUGCCUCAAAGUGGUACUGGUGUAUCCGUUGAAGCUGUUGAUCCAGUCUUCCAAACAAAGAUGUUGGACAUGUUGAAACAAACUGGAAGACCUGAAAUGGUUGUAGGUUGGUACCAUUCCCAUCCCGGUUUCGGUUGUUGGUUAUCCAGUGUAGAUAUCAAUACUCAACAGAGUUUCGAACAAUUAAAUCCUCGUGCUGUUGCAGUUGUUGUUGAUCCCAUUCAAUCCGUCAAGGGUAAGGUUGUGAUUGAUGCGUUCCGUCUCAUCAACCCUCAAACCGUGAUGCUUGGUCAAGAACCUCGUCAAACCACUUCAAAUAUCGGUCAUUUAAAUAAGCCUUCUAUUCAGGCUUUAAUUCACGGUUUAAACAGACACUACUAUUCCAUUGCUAUCAACUACCGUAAGAAUGAAUUGGAAGAAAAGAUGUUACUUAACUUGCAUAAGAAGGAUUGGACCGAUGGUUUGACAUUAGAGAAUUUCACUGAACAUACCGAAGUCAACGAAAAGAGCGUCUCCAACAUGUUGACAUUAGCAGAAGCAUACAAUAAAUCAGUACAAGAAGAAUUGACCAUGACACCUGAACAACUCAAGACAAGACAUGUUGGUAAACAAGAUCCUAAGCGUCAUUUAGAAGAUAAGGUCGAGUCCGUUAUGGGUAACAAUAUCGUUAUGGCAUUAGGCACAAUGAUUGAUAGUGUUAGUUUCUAAAUUUUGCAAAAAAUGUAUAAAGCACAAGAAUAAAAAAAAAAAAAAUAGUGAUACUGCCAAUUGGGAAAGGAUAUAUUAUUAUUAUA